AGGAGGGCCGUUCAGGAGGGGAAAACAAACCUAGAGAGCACAGUGAAUGACUCAAACAUGGCUGCUUCUCUUGAAGAUUACAUAGCGAAGAAUUACAGCGGCGAAAAGAAGCGAAAGCGGAAGGAGGUGAAGGUUUUACGGGAAGAUGCAAGGAGUGACAAGCCAGUGCCGAGAGAACGUGAAGACGGCAAGGACGGUGCCGAAGCAGGCCCAAGCAAGAAGAUAAAGAAGGCUGAAGAGACGCCUGAGAGUUUAGGACGAUGGGUCAGCGUGGAAACGAACGCUGAAGUUGCGGUUCCCAAGAUGCACGAUGCGGCAGCGAGUACCAAAAGGAAAGAGGGUGGUUUGCAGAGUCAGGAGGAGAUAGCGGCAGAGCUCGCACGCAAGGAGGAGAGGAUGCGGAAAGAGUUGCAAGGUCUGAAGAAGCUUGGCGAUCGGAUGCAUACCACUGUCCACCGUGACGCCUCGGGAAGAAAACUGACCGACGCCGAGGUGAGAGAUGCCCGUGAGAACGGGAAACGGGCAGAGGACGACAGAGAGCGGAGAAGGCGCAUCGAGCAGCUGAAUAGAGACGAAGCAGGAGCUGCAAAGGAGAGAAAGAUGCAGGAGCGUUUGCAACAAGUCCGAAAUGAGGGAAUCAACGUGUACGAGAAGGACGAAGGCUUGGUCAAGGCCCAAAAGGAGGCUAUCAAAUCCGAGGACCCGGCGUUGCUGUUCGAUAAGGGGGUCAUCGGCAAACACGAGGAGGAGCUGGAAAAACAGUUUGUCAGCAUCACAGGAAGGAAGCUAUACAGAAAUGUCGGUCAGUACCCGCUGAACCGAUUCAACACGAAGCCGGGCUGGCGCUGGGACGGAAUUGUUAGAGGUAACGGAUUCGAACAAAAAUGGCACGACGCCCAGGUAAACAAAAAAUAGAGUUUCAUAUAAUUAUUAUAUCAUCAAAAAAAUAGUAGAAUCAUUGUAUUAUACAAAUAAAAAUAGCACAAAAGCAUAAGAU